AUGGCCCUCACACAGUUUCUCUACGACCCAUUCACUGAAUUUGAUCGUCUUUUUGACGAAGCUUUUACCUCGCGCUUCCGGCCCGACUCCGACGAGUCUCGUCCCACAACAAUCCGCCCUAAGAUGGACCUCGUUGAAACAACAGAGAAUGUCGUGGCGAGGUUCGAACUCCCCGGCAUGGAUCAGCGGGACGUUAACGUUGAAGUUCGUAAUGACCGCCUGACCAUCUCGGGCGAGAAGAAAAUCAAGACUGACGAAGGUCGGUUUGUGGUGCGCGAGCGCUCUUUCGGACGCUUUGCUCGAAACCUGCAGCUCCCUGAGGGGACCGAGCCUGGAAGUGUUAAGGCGCAUAUGGAGAAGGGUGUCCUGGAGGUCAGCUUCCCGAAAGCGCCUCCGGAGCAGGAGACCAAAACCAUUCUUAUUGAAGGUUCGAAGCCCACUCAGUCGGCCCCUCCUACUGAACAUAGCAAGAAAUAA